AGGAGAUGGACGCUUUGAAUCCCUACGUCCAUCGCCCUCCAUCUCACCUACCCAGUCCCCUGAUCGCACGCAUCAAAAGCCAGCGCUUUCGCUUCGCUUCAGCUCAGCUCCCUCAAUCAUGUCGUUCCUCUCAGCUCUUCGAAGCUCUGCGGGCUCCUUGGCUUCGCAGCAAAUGCCCGCUCGAGCAUGCUUCUCGUCCAGCGCGACAGCGAGAGAUUUGGCUCGCAUGCAACUGUUGGGCAGGUUGACGGCUGAUCCGGAAAUCAGACCUACCAAGGCUGGAAAGGAAUAUGCUAGGUACACGGUAGCCACUACCGAUCCUCUUGGACCUCCCGACGAGAAUGGAGAGCGUCCUCCACCCACCACCUCCUACCACAAGGUCUUCGCCUUUGGGGACAACGCAGUGCAGCGUCUUCAAAACGUCAAGAAAGGCUUCCAGGUGCUCGUGGAUGCGGAUUUCAGAAUUUCUCGCCUGCCAGGUUCGGAGGAGGAGGGUGGGGAAGGUGCUCCUGCCCAAACCAACAUCCUCAUCCAACAUCGUUCCCUGCAGGUAGUCUCCAAACCUCGGAGCGAAGCUCCACCAUCCUGAAUGCAGUGCUCUCUCUCUCUCUCUCUUGCGGUCUCAACAAACUUUCGCGCACUCUCGCCUCUCAAUCGCAAAAAAGACUCUUGGUUCCUUUUUCCUUUUGACACGAUCGUGUUGGCUAGAUGCUGUGGGCAAAGAGCACAAAGGAAGGCCCCGGAAGAUUUUUUUCCCUCCCAAACAUUUCCUUCGCCCCCUCCUUCUUCUGAUUGGGGUCUGAGCGGCAUGAAUGGCAUGACUCGACAAGGGCGAAAUCACACUGUACGCAACUUGCACCAAUGUUCGAAGCUCCCUCUUUUUGGUGUCGUGCAGGGGCAUUUCAAUGAACGUUCUGGUUUGAUGCCUUGCAGUGUGCCCAGCUUGCCAACCAUCGUUUGGGGCCCCCUUAUCUACACUGACAGGCA